AGUAAGGUACCGGAAGUGCCGCCAUGACCGCCUGCCAGAGCUGUGACCGGGAGGCGUAGUGGCGCGUCGCCUCUGCCUCUCCCCGGCCUUCCCCCGCCUCGUGGGCCCUUGUCCGCCCCGGACGGCCAUGCUAGUGAGCAAGAGGGUGAAGCGCCUCUUGCAGCUAGUGCCGGGGAAGCAGCGCUUCGGCGUUUACCGGUUCCUGCCCUUCUUCUUCGUCCUCGGGGGAGCCAUGGAGUGGGUCAUGAUCAACGUGCGCAUCGGACAGGAGACCUUCUAUGAUGUUUACCGUAGGAAACGAUCAGAAAGGCUGUACGAGGCACGGAUGGAAAAAAGUGAAUUUUAGCUGAAAGGCCUCAAGGGAAAGGUCCCGAAUGCUUCAGCUGUAUAUUAACACCAGAGAAACAUUACUGCCCACAUGGAUGGGAGUGGAAAAUUUUGUCUGCAAGAUGAACUCUAAUCCACAUGUUUGUGAAAUACAGUCUUAGAUGGGUUUAGCAAUUUAUUCUACUUCCAUGUACUUUGUAUCAUUAAUAUUUUGUAUUUAAGCCAAAUACAAUAGAGACAAGUUCAUCGUAUGUAGGCCUCUGCCACUUAUUUAAUGUUUAUUUAGUACUUUUAAAUAAACUAAACUGAGUAAACGGA